AAUAUAAAUAGUUGUAUUUCUAUUACAUAUAGCACAUAGAAACUAUAUAAAUAUAUGAUCGUGAAUAAUGCAGUCAAUAAAAUAUAGUAACGGCCUAUACAUGACACUGAUGCCCUCCGUAGCUGCAUCUCCCCAGGCUAGUCUCUAAGGUGCAGCUCUCCCCCAGGCCGCCCCAGUCCAGUGCACCUAGAAGCGCUAGAACUCCGCCCGCCGCCCCCCGUGGGCUUGGCUGUGCGCCUGCGCAGCUCGAGGCCCCGCCGCGCAGCUUCAUCCCCAGCACGUGGUCCGGCGCGCGACCCCCCGCCCGGGAAGAAACGCUGCCCGGCGCCGGUGUCACGUGCCUCCUCCGAGGGGGGGGGCAGGGGCGCUCCGCACAGGCGCACCCUGCUGAUUCCACCGCUCUCCUCGCCAGGACUCCCUCCGGAGGAGCUGGCCGCUCUUGCCGCCCGCCUCGUUGGUAGCGUACAGUCUGUCCGGCGCGGGAGGACUGGAGCGGGCUGCGACUCUAUGGGCCAGGUUUGGUGUUUAGGGGGCAGCCGGACAGGACCUGCCUGAUCGAUUCGCGACGGCCCGACGUGUCAGAGCUGGCCUCACUGCUCCACCAUGGCUGUCCCUCUGGCCAAGGGCACGCGGGGUCUGCUCCUGACCUUUGUCUUGUGCAUGAGCUUGGCCUGCACCAGCUGUGCCUCUGCCCUUGUGCAUCAUGACUACUGCAUCGUAGGAGCCGGCCCCUCGGGCUUGCAGAUGGCCUAUUUCCUCCAGCAAGCGAGCCGAGACUACGUGGUGUUCGAACGCAGCCACGCGCCCGGCAGCUUCUUUGCCCUCUACCCCCGCCAUCGCAAGCUCAUCAGCAUCAACAAGCGCUACACAGGCAAAUCCAACAGCGAGUUCAACCUCCGCCAUGACUGGAACUCAUUGCUCAGCCACGACAGCCGCCUGCUCUUCCGACACUAUUCCCGCGACUUCUUCCCCCACGCCGACACAAUGGUGCGUUACCUUGAAGACUUUGCUUCUAGGCUGGAGCUCCAAGUUCAGUACAACACUGCCAUCACCCACGUGACACUGGACAGGGAUCCACAGGCGUGGAACGGCCAUUACUUCAUCCUUACAGACCAGAACAGCCAGACCUAUAGAUGCAGCCUAUUGUUGGUAGCCACUGGAACAUGGGUCCCCAAUGUGGUGAGCUUCACUGGCUCAGAAUACGUUGAGGGCUAUGAGACCGUGUCCAUCAACCCAGAGGAUUUUGCUGGCCAGACAGUGUUGAUCUUGGGUAGAGGGAACUCUGCCUUUGAGACUGCCGAGAACAUUUUGGGGGUCACCAAUUUCAUACACAUGGUGAGCCGCUCCCGUGUUCGCCUUUCUUGGGCCACCCACUACGUUGGAGAUCUAAGAGCAAUUAACAAUGGCCUUCUGGACACAUACCAGCUGAAGUCGUUGGAUGGACUAUUGGAGGGUGAUUUGGAAGAUCUGGCUAUUGUUAAGGACAAGAAAGGGAAGUUGCACAUCACUCUUAGAUUUUACCUGGAGAACAGCAAUAGCAGUGCAGGUGCAGAGACCGUCACCCUCCCGCAGGAUGAACUGGACAAUUUUGCCACCCGGGCACCCUACGACCGUGUUAUCCGCUGUCUUGGCUGGAAAUUUGACUUUUCUAUAUACAACAGAUCUCUUCGAUUGGUGCCAGGGAGAGGGAAUAAGAGGAAAUAUCCUCAGAUCAAGCCCAGUUAUGAAUCCAGAGGCACACGAGGGCUCUUUGUCCUGGGCACUGCCAGCCACUCCAACGACUUCAGGAAAUCUGCUGGGGGCUUCAUCCAUGGAUUCCGAUAUACAACUCGUGCUGUCCAUCGCUUGUUGGAAAAUCAUCACCAUGGGGUCCCCUGGCCAUCGCCAAUCUACCCUAUUACACACCUGACAAAUUCCAUCAUCAAAAGGGUGAAUGAGGCCUCUGGGCUCUACCAAAUGUUCAGUGUUCUGGCUGACAUCAUUCUACUUAAAGAGAAUGCCACAGCAUUUGAGUACCUGGAGGAAUAUCCUGUGGGGAUCCUGGCACAGCUGGAAUUGCACACGGGGAGAAAGGCACCCAGUGGGCUCUUCGCUGUCAUCAUGGAGUACGGAAGGAACUUCUCCGGUGCUGACAAAGAUGUCUUCUACUACAAUCGAGCAGUGGGGGAGGCACAGCAUGCCUGGCAAUCCAACUUCUUGCACCCUGUUAUUUAUUACUACAAACGCCUCCCUACAGAGCGUGAGAUGAGGCUUCGUCCUCCAGACUGGCCUCUUCCCCGCCCAGAUGCCAUCCAUCAUAUUGUUGAGGAUUUUCUGACAGACUGGACAGCUCCAAAUGCUCAUAUCCUCCCCCUGAGACGCUUCCUGGAGAAUUGCUUGGGCACUGACCUGCGCAAUUUCUUUGCAGAGUCCUGUUUUCUGUUUGCCUUGACCCGCCAGAAACUGCCUCCUUCCUGUCAGCAAGGAUACCUAAGAAUGCAAGGGCUUGUGGGUAGUGAAGGACUCAGGCGCCAUGCAGUGGAAGCUAGCUUGAUGGAGAAUUACACUGUUGUGGACACUCCAAAUGAGCUACUUGGUGGCCAAAAGGAGAUACAUGACCAGCUGCUGAAGGAUCACAUAAUACCAGGUCGCCCACUGCAGCAUCUCAUAAACACCAAGGAUGAACUUUAACUUUUCACUGUUUAUAUCAAAAUGUAUGAGGACCAUUGUGGUGAUUCCAUAAUGCUGACUUGCAGCAGGGUGCCAGCCUUUGCCAUGUGCCACUUGGUCCUUGCCCAACCCUUUGCCUAACCAUGAAUUGCCAAAGACCUGCUCAGAUCUGUUCUUACUGAGGAGACCAAUGUGCUUUGAAGGGGAAAUAAGGAGCUGAGAUCCAGCAGUGUUCAGGUUUCUCCUUUGUCCCUGCAGAGCCCACAGUUGCCUGAUGACAGUGUUGUAUUUAUGUUGUAGACCAAUGCCUGGAGCAGCAUCCGGAGGUCAAAGGGGAUACACAGACUGAAACGUCGCAUGUCCUGUGGUGGUCCACUGAAGACUCCCUGGCUACUGGAUGCUGCAUCCAGCCCAGUCUCGUGUAUACUUGAAGAAUUGUACGUUUGCCAGACUUAUCAGUGGUACUGUAGGGCAGCCUUCAGAAAUUAGACAUUUCCAGCACUUGGUGGGGGGGGGG